AUUUUAACCUUUUAUCUUUUUUUUCUAUAGUCUAAAUAUAAGAUAUUGUUGGCACUUGCCUAGGACGUGGCAUAACCAAGGCCUCUAGCGUCCUUAACGCUAGAUUACUUUAUUACUUCCAAAUAUCUCCAAUAAAUAAGUAGACACACAUUCAUACUCACUAAUCUGCAUGCUUUUUCCUCUAUAAUUUCUGUGACCAAAAAGAAAAUACUACUAGUAAAGAUGGUGCUAUGUGUUACCAUGAAUGUUUGGAUGAUCAAGCUGUGUUUGUUUCUGAUUCUUGUUUCCAAAUUAUGCAAUGCUGGAUAUUCAACAAAGUUGGAUUUCUAUCCUCCACCUUGCAAAAGAAUUGAGUGUCCAAAUUAUGAAUUGAUUGAAUCUGGAAAAGACUAUGAAAUUCGUCUUUACAAUUCUGCCAUGUGGAUGUCUACUGCUCCAAUUGAUGAUAUUUCGUUUAGGGAAGCCACCAGAACUGGUUUCCGCAGUCUCUUCAAUUACAUUCGAGGAAAGAACAGUUUCCAUGAGACAAUAGAGAUGACAGCACCAGUUAUGACUCAAGUGAAGCCAAGUGAUGGUCCAUUUUGUGCUUCCGCAUUUGUUGUGAGCUUUUAUGUACCAAAGAAGAACCAGCCAAAUCCUCCUCCAGCUAAAGGCCUUCACCUCCAAAAAUGGAGCAAAACAUAUGUUGCUGUCAGGCAAUUCAGUGGAUUUGUAGUUGAUGAUGAUAUUUCAAAAGAAGCCGCUGCCCUGAGUGCCAGUAUUGCCGGCACUAAAUGGGCAGCAGCCGUUGACAAAAGCCAGGCUGCAGAUAAUACUGCUAUUUACACAGUGGCUCAAUACAAUUCUCCAUUUGAGUUCAAGAACAGAGUUAAUGAGAUAUGGUUUACUUUUGAUUUGGACAAAGCAUCUGCUAUUUGAGAGGCUCUUGUUCAAGAAUAGAGCUAAUGAGAUAUGAUUUACUUCUGGUUUACUAUCUCAUUUUCCUGUUCGUAUUAUCAAAAGGAUAGUUGAGAAGUCUAGUUAUUUUGUAUAACCAGAACGCUACAUUAUAUAUUGCAAAAUAAGACACCUCUGUGUUGUCAAGAUCUUUCAAAAUAAUGCAAUGGCUGCAAUUUAGCAA